UCCUCAGCUCCUUUCUACUUGCUUGGCUAAGCUGAGUGCACAUUUACACGUUAGCUGCUCUUCUAAUGGUGUCAGGGGGACUUACAUUGCCAUCUGAUAAAACUAAGCUGCUUGAAAACUACAACUCAAGAUGCCUUCUUAACAAGUUUAUGCUGAAUUAAGAAAGCAAAGAAAGCUAUUAUUUAUAAUCCAACAACUAAAAACAAACAAAAAAAUAUUUGUAAUGGUUGAACUUUGAUGACUGUCCCUAGAUCACGUUUGUGUCCCUGCAUCAACUGGACAUGCAUUUGUCUCCUUGUUGUGCAGAUUUAUUUCAGAAACCAAUACGCAAUUAUACUAUGAUAUAGGUAAAUUGGCAAUUGAGAAUUCAAUUUACAAACAAUAGAAAUAUGAACUCUUUGGAUAAAGCUGUAAUCUAUUUCCUCAAAUUGAAACCAGUGCUCCUUAGUGAGACCUAACUGGCUCUUUUGUCCAAACAGCAAUGAAUUUUUGAAAGCGUGUGUUAUCUGUGCUUCAUUAGGGCUGGCUUCUCUCGAGGGCAGGAAUGAACCCAACAUUUAAAACAAUCACUUGGCAAAAGCAGCUGCCAAUCACUCUUGAAGGGGAAGGAUUCCAAUUAAUAAACCGCUCCUAAUCCUCUGGUUUCCCUGGCUGUCAGUGCACCUCUCGCUCUCCAUUCACUCCUCUGUAACUCUCUGAGCUCGACGUGCAGCAGCUGAAGUUGUCUGUGGGCCACUUGUUCUGCUCCUGGACUUUUUCUGUACAGAUUUAAUGUCAUUCAAGGACUAUUAAGCGAUGCAGUUUUUGGAGAGUAAAUAUUAGUGAGAGUCUGUAGUUGGAGUUUGGGACUUUGGGGCAACUUUCGACCAUUCAACUUACUCAAAGGUAUGCUACAGUUUCAUUUCACAUUAAUUUGUUUAGCUUGAUGGACAACUCUUUAGUAAACUUUAACAGAUUAAAACAUUAUGAGUAUAUUUUGCAGUUGCAGUAGAUUUUUAUAGUUCAGACUUAAGGUUGGUACAAAUUUUACAUUACUUCGAAAUAGUAUAAUCACACCUAUAUUUGAUCUUUCAUAGUAAUUAAUUCACAAGUAAUUACAAUAGUUUGUCUUGUCAAGGCUUUUAGUAAACUUACAUGUAGCUGUACAGUACUGUCCUGCACAAAUGAGGGAUUGCACCAAUCUGUUCUACACUAGCCAAGUUUAUGUCAGUUUCAAAAAUUUUGUUGCAGAUUACUGUAAACAUUAAUUAUUGUUAAAAAUGAGAAAUGAAGGCAGUUUAAAAGCAUGGUCAUGAUGAAGUCUAGAGCACAGUGUCUGAGAUGGGAUAAGCAGGUUAAGUCCAGUAAAGAACAGAGUCACUAGGUGCUGUCAGGACAUAUGUGGUGAUCUCUGAUACUCUUCCUCACAGAUCCACUGCAGACGCCUGGAUGCAUUUAUCACUGGAUACCAUGAGUCUGGUGGACGACAGCUGCCUUUCACCCAGUAACUUCCAUGACAUGGGGAAGAGUGGGGGCAGUGUGGGUCCAGGGCAUGUCCACAGCAUUGAUGUGAUUCUGGGCUUCAGUAAAGACCACGAGGUACUGCUCAGUCCCACAGGGGGCUCAGGACCUCCGCGUGUGGACAUGGAGAGUCUGGUGGAGUCCAGUAAACAGCAGGACCCCACAUUCAGCGGUCACCUGUCCACUCUGAGGAACGGCAACACAGAGCAGCAACAGUAUAGCGAAACCAGUUUAUUCACAAGCAAGUGUGAUGAAGAACUAAAUGAUCUGAGGAAGAGUGUGGAGAGUGAAGAAGGCAACUCUCCAGAGUCCUGCAAAGACGAUCACCCCAAGAAGAAGCACAGACGAAACCGCACCACGUUCACCACCUACCAGCUUCACGAGCUGGAGCGGGCCUUCGAGAAGUCCCACUAUCCAGAUGUGUACAGCCGAGAAGAGCUUGCCAUGAAAGUCAACCUCCCCGAAGUUCGUGUUCAGGUGUGGUUUCAGAAUCGCAGGGCAAAAUGGCGCAGACAAGAGAAAAUGGAUGCCAGCACCAUGAAGCUUCAUGACCCUCCUAUGCUGUCACUAAAUCGCCCCACACCUGUGCACACAGGCAUGAGCUCCAUCACCAACUCUCUGCCCCUGGACCCCUGGCUGACCUCUCCUCUGUCCAGUGCAACUCCUGUUCACAGCAUACCUGGAUUUAUGGGGCCACCUCAAAGCCUCCAGCCCAGCUAUCCCAGCCACAGUUUUCUUAACUCUAGCCCACACCCUGCUCACUCACACCCACACCCAUCUAUGGGCCAAGGGAUGCAGAGUAUGGCACCUCCCCCUUAUCAAUGCCCUGCUCCAUACCCAGACAAAUACCCACUAGAGGAUGUAGACCAGCGCAGCUCUAGCAUCGCUGCUCUCAGAAUGAAAGCAAAGGAGCACAUUCAGUCCAUGGACAAGACCUGGCAACCCAUGUGAUGACCAAUAUAGCAACACAAGUGAUUGGCAGCUGGAAAUAGAAUUCAGUCUCUGUUCCUCUUUUUUUUUUCUUUUUUUUUUUUAAUAACAAAGACAAUACAGCUGCAGCUAUACCAUACCAUGAGAUUGUAACAGUUUAAAUGCACCUAAACAACACUGCAUACAGUGAUAUAUUUGUCAUCUCUGCAACAGUUAGCAUGAUGACUUCAUACAAUAUUCAAAAUUAUGAGUUAUUUGUGCAAGCCAUUAUUUUUUUUUUUUUUUUAGACAUUAACGUAAAGAUAUAAUAAAAAAAUAUUUUUUAAAUAUUAUUUUUAUACCCAAUAACGGGUCUUCCCAAUCAAGUUAUACUUAAAGUGAUUGAUGAUUGAUUGCUGUGUUGAUGAACACAUUAUGCCAAUGAAGUGUUGUGGCCAUAACUGGAAGAAAAUUACUACAAAUGCAAUUUUUAAAAAAUGUGAAUAAGUAAUGGAUUUCAAUUAACUCCUGCUUAUUAAAGUUUUUUGCACCUUUGAACUCAGAAUAUACCAAAAAUUGUUAAUUUUGCCAAGCUGUAAUGAUUGAUUGAUCUAAACAAGUAAUUAAGGCUGGAAGUGAACGGGUGAAUUGAAAUGAGAGGCCAGUGCAUAAUGUAAGCCUUUGUGCUUGAGUGAUGCUGGAGAUGCUAGACCUGUUGGCAGCUCGGGAUGGGUGGUGUGUGGACGUGCAGAGCAGCAGAAAAGGCCCUAUGUGAUCCGGCACCCCAUAUUGUUUAUUCUUUGUUCAGCACAAUUGAUCCAAGUGUAUUCCCUUUGUGUAGGAAACGGUCUCAGGCUGCCCUAACUAGGCCUUGUAACCAUGACAUGGUUUUGUUUGGCUUCAAAAGAGGACACAUACUUUUCUUGUUUAUCUUUAUUAUAUUUCGAUGGUUUUAAUAGUACAUUGAGCUACAUUAUCCAUCAAUGUGUAUACUUUGUCAACUAUUUUAUCAAAAUAAUAACUGAACGCUAAUACAAUGUAAAAGACAUCAACAUUGCUGUUUUUUAUACAAAGUGCAAUUCAUUCAUUCAUUCAUUCUUUUUUAAAAUUUUUUCACACAAUGUGAAAAUGUGACCCUCAAAACUAAAAAUGUGAAAUAAACAAUAGAUGUUGACUGCUUACGUAACCAUGGCUGAACUUGUGGACAACACAGAUCAAUAUUGGGCAUUCUUCAUUGCAGCUUUUUUGGUUGGUACAGUCCUGUAACUGUGCUCCAAGUAUAAGCCAAAGGUUACUUGACAACAUGCACUGGAGUUUAAGGCUGUUUUUUAUGUGAAAAUGUG